GGCCCGCGCGCCAGGCCCUGGAGCACAUGGAGGCGGCGGCAGCAGCAGCGGCAGACGUGAGGGCACGGACGCUGCCUGUUGCCGACUGCUGUGGGGUCCGUGGAGAGCCUGCCGGGGGGCAGCCCUGAACACUGCCGUGCCCAACAUUGCCGCUGCACCUGCCGUGCCUCUGCCCGUCACCAUCGGCCCGGCCCAUCUAUGGUCCUCGCUGCCCGGCCUGGGGCCGGUCCUGACGCCUGAGCCCUCUGCUCUGCUCCGGGACUCGCUGUACCCUGAUGGGGUAACGUGAACAGGGAUCCUGUGCCCCCAGCGCCGUCUGAGACCCCAGCUGGCCCGGCCCCUGGGGCUGCAGGAAUACACUCAGUUCCUCUCUCCUUUGGACCUGGGGCUUGGAGCCACCUUCUGAGCGAAAGGCGACCCUCUGUGCACAGAUGCGGAGUCAGGGGGCAUCCCCAGUGGGGGCCGCAGCCCUGACCGGUGUCCCAGUGGCCGGACCCACUUGGGGUUUUUGAAGUUGCCUGUUGCUGAGUGGACUUGUUGGCGCCAUCGUCGUGGUGGUCAGACUCUGAGUGGCAGGCGUGUGGCGCUGUCUGCUGUACUCUGGGGUUCUUCUGUCCAUUAUUUUUUUACAAUCAUUGAAGCUGGGGGCUGAUCCCGUGCCCUCACAAGCAUUUGCACAAUAUUUGUGCCCAAGGUGGAGUCGGGGACAAGCGCCGGGACCUCUUCAGUUUCGGGGGGCUUCUCUGGUCCGUGUCGCCAGCCCUGUUCUGGCCAUGGCUCGGAUGAACCGCCCCGCCCCCGUGGAGGUCAGCUAUAAGAACAUGCGUUUCCUUAUCACCCACAACCCCACCAAUGCCACCCUCAGCACCUUCAUCGAGGACCUGAAGAAGUACGGGGCCACCACUGUGGUGCGCGUGUGUGAAGUGACCUAUGACAAGGCCCCGCUGGAAAAAGAUGGCAUCACUGUGGUGGACUGGCCAUUUGACGAUGGGGCGCCCCCGCCUGGCAAGGUGGUGGAGGACUGGCUGAGCCUGCUGAAGGCCAAGUUCUGCGAUGACCCGGGCAGCUGCGUGGCUGUACACUGUGUGGCUGGCCUGGGACGGGCCCCGGUGCUGGUGGCGCUGGCCCUCCUGGAGAGCGGGAUGAAGUAUGAAGACGCCAUCCACUUUAUCCGACAGAAGCGCCGUGGAGCCAUCAACAGCAAACAGCUCACCUACCUGGAGAAGUACCGGCCCAAGCAGAGGCUGCGCUUCAAGGACCCACACGCGCACAAGGCCAAGUGCUGCGUGAUGUAGCACAGGCCCCAGCGCCUCCCUCCCGCCUUCUCUUUGGCAGGCAGGCAGGCGCGGCAGAGCCAAGGAGUCCCGCGGCCCGCCUGAGCCUGUGCCCGGCCCGGCCAUCUCACCAGUGCCUGCUGUCCAGCCUGGCUGUUGCGGGGAACGGCUUCCUAACCACUAGGCCCAGCUCCCCCUCCACAGCCUCGGGUCCUUCCCCAUCCUCAGCACCUUAAAUUAUUGGCUCCUGGCAGCCAGCUGCUGCUGAUGUCCCUAGAAGGCAAUAAAAUGGAAACCGUG